UCUCUGGGUUAAUCCAACACCUCUGUCUUGGGCCUUGAUUCGUUUUACGACAGUCUUCGCGACUGCCGUAUGUUGUUUCCGUUGCUUGGAUUAAAAAGUGACUGUAAUAGAAAAUCUGUUGGAAAAAAAAAAACAAAAAAAAACAACAACUACAGAUUAAGAAGUGGGAGCUCAAGUGCGGGUUUUGCUCCCGUGUUCUCUGCUGUAGGAAAAUCAGUUCUGGGGUCGUAUGUGGGUUGAAGUUGAAAGCCGAUAUUUUUUUGCAGUCCCUGUUCACCCUUUGCGUCUCAGACCGUGUGUGUGCUAAAGCAGAGGGACCAAAGAAGUGAGCGAGCAGAGCAGAGCACAGCUGUAGCGGCACUGUAGAACAGCUAGCUAGCGUUAGCCACUCACUGCAAUGGCCUCCGACAGUGGUAGCAACAUGGACAGAGAGAUGAUUCUGGCUGACUUUCAGGCAUGCACUGGGAUCGACAAUAUUGCAGAAGCAAUCACUCUCCUAGAACUGAACAAUUGGGACUUGGUGGCAGCCAUUAACGGUGUGAUCCCACAAGAAAACGGCAUCUUGCAAAGCAAUUUCAGCAGUGAGGGCUCUCAGACGAGCCCAUUAGGAGCUGGCAGUCAGUCAGCAGCAACAGAACCGUCAGCCACGUCAUCACCAUCCUCACCACCAUCAUCAUCUUCCUCUGCCUUCUGCCCUAUCCUUCCCUCCCGGCAAAUUGUAGAGCGGCAGCCACGCUUGCUCCACUUUCGUGUAGAGUACCGCACACGCUCAGUAGAUGUGGUACUGGAGGAUACUAGCUCAGUGGGAGAUAUCAAAACGUUUUUGGAGACAGAGUUUCAGGUUCCUGUGUCUAAAAUGCAGUUAAAAGGCUGGAAGAGUGCGGAUGUGUCCGACAGUACGGUACUGAGGAGUUUACACCUGCCCAAGAACAACAGCUUGUAUGUAUUGACCCCAGACAUCGCUCCCUCUGCCAGCAGCAGCCAGAGCAGCGUCCAGCAGGAGUCAUUAAAUCAAAACUACCUGCUGAUCGUCAGCCACCGGGAAGCUCAGAGAGAGUACAGCCUCAAUUUCCCUGGCAGCAGAACCAUACAGGAGGUUAAGAGGAACAUUUCUGAUUUGACAAACAUCCCGGUACGACAUCAGCAGUGGGAUGGAUGGCCUGCUUCAGCCUUAGAUGACUCGAUGACGUUGGCCUCCUCUGGGAUCAGCUACCCAUGUCAUCGGCUGAGCGUGUGCAGGAGAUCCUCCCCAGCCACUACUUUGGAACCGACUGAAGAGUGUACAGAUGUCCACAUGGUCAGUGACAGCGAAGGAGACGACUUUGAGGAUGCUCCUGAAUUUGGAGUAGACGAGUCUGAAAUCUUUGGCAUGGGAAGCUCGAGUUGUCGAAAGUCGCCAAUGAUGCCAGAAAACAGUGAAAAUGAGGGCGAUGCUUUACUGCACUUUACCUCCGAGUUCUCAUCAAGAUAUGGAGAAUGCCAUCCAGUCUUCUUCAUUGGUUCCUUGGAGGCAGCAUCUCAAGAGGCCUUUUAUGGCAAAGCCAGAGAUAGAAAGCUGUUGGCCAUCUACCUCCACAAUGAUGACAGUGUUCUCAGCAAUGUCUUCUGCUCCCAAAUGAUGUGUGCAGAGUCCAUAGUGUCAUAUUUGAGCCAGAAUUUCAUCACAUGGGCCUGGGACGUCACUAAAGAAGCUAACAAAGCCAGACUACUCACUAUGUGCACACGGCAUUUUGGAAGUGUUGUUGCACAGACCAUUAGGACGUACAAAAUUGACCAGUUCCCCCUCUUACUGAUAGUCAUGGGCAAAAGGACAUCAAAUGAAGUUUUAAACGUUAUUCAAGGUAACACUACAGUGGAUGACCUGAUGAUGAGGCUGAUGGGCGCGAUGGAAAUCUUCACAGCCCAGCAGCAAGAGGACAUCCGAGAUGAGGAUGAGCGUGAGGCUAGAGAAAUGGUGAAGCGAGAGCAAGAUGAAGCAUAUCGCUUGUCAUUAGAGGCUGAUCGCAAAAAGAGAGAAGCACAGGAGCGAGAAGAAGCAGAACAAGUACGUCAAGAACAAAUCAGGAAAGAGCAAGAAGAAGAACGGGAGGCCAUCCGUCUUUCACUGGAGCAGACUUUACCGCCAGAGCCCAAGGAGGAAGCAGGAGAACCAAUCAGUAAACUACGUAUCCGGACGCCCAGCGGAGAGUUCCUGGAGAGGCGUUUCCUGGGCAGUUGUAAGCUCCAGGUUCUUUUCGACUUUGUGGCCUCCAAAGGCUAUCCAUCAGAUGAGUUCAAACUGCUCACCACUUUCCCCCGUAGAAAUAUAACUCAGUUAGACCCGGCAUGGACAUUGUCAGAAGCCAAACUCUUCCCUCAAGAGACCCUCUUUCUGGAGGCCAAAGAGUAGGACUGAGUGCACUUGGACAAAUCACACAAACAAUGAAGAACUUUAGCAUGGUGUCCACAGAGAACAGCCUCACACAAACACACUCACAGUACGUUGUACAUGAAUAAUGAGUGUUUGUUAUGAUUCACACUGAAGCUUUCACAAGCACAGAGAUACUGACACUCACUCACACACAGAACUGUCAUUUUUUUUCUCCAACCACUGAAAAGGUAACAAAACAAAAACCAAAACAAUCGUGGAGACUCAGAAUGGCAUUACAGGUGAGAACGAUCCACUGUGGCUGCUUUUUAGACCUGAUUUGUCCAAGCAAACAAAUAAGUAAAUAAAUAAAUACCCAAAUAUGUUGAUGUAUGACAAGCAAAGAGAUAUUUCCUGAAGAACUCUGGACUAUUCCCCCCCCCCCCACUCCAUUGGUUCCUUUGUUCUUUGGCCAAGCCCUGUGGAGUGCCAGUUAUCUGCAUCUCCUCUUCACUGAUGAUCAGAAAUGGCUUUGGUUCCUUCCCCUUUUUAGGUUUGAUGCUGUAUUAGUUUUAGGUGGAUACAUUAUAAAAUGUACAUAUGAACUUGUCAAUUUCAUGGUGCUUAUUUUUUAAUGGCACUGUGGGAUUUGGUAACAAUAAAAGAGUUGAGAGAUCGCUAAUAAUUUGGAUUUCGGAAAUACAGAGAAAAGGUUGAUUCCUUACAAUCAAAUUAAAAAGGCGUGCACUGUAGGGUCAUCUGUGGCUGAACUUGUGCAAAAGGAUUAGGGACAUUUAUUGUGCCUUAGCUUAUAGUUAUUUGUGUAACUUAAUUCCAAUCAUAAGUUACACAAUGACCUUUAGAUCUAAUGGUGUCACUUGGGAAAUGAGCAAAGUGGAAUCUUUGAAGUUCAUUUGUUGUAUUUUCAACAGGAAUAUGAUUUGCUGGCAGGAGAUAAUACAUUUCCAUUUGCAAUGACCUCUUUCGUCACGGGUGUAAGUUUUCUGGUUCAUCAAGACGAGGCAACAAUGUUUUCUUUUGUUUGUAAAGCUGGUGAAAAAGAUGUAUUAGGUUCUCAUAUGAAGCAGAACCUGGAAUGGAGGCUUUGUUUUAUUUAUGACCUGUAAUUGCAGUGACCCGUCAUUGGGAAUAACUAAAAUGAGUUCUGCUUAUAUAUAAUUUUUUUUUCAACAGUUAUUCCAUGAAAUCGAGUCAUAUAUGAGCUGAUGGCCAACGAGGCGUGGAGCGCAGAGUUGGCUAUAAGUCACGUACAAUGAGAUUGAAUGGAAUAACUUUUUUUUUCUAUCCACAUUCACUGGAUUUUGAGAAAUGGCGCAUGUUUAUUUUUUGCAAAUUCAGUAAAUAAAAACUUUAGACAAAACGUCUGGCAAAAUCAUUUCUGCUUAGAAUGUAAACAAACUGGCAACAUGACAGUAACAAUUUGUGAAAAAUGCUGUAAUAAUAAUUAUUGAAAAAUAAAAAAAGAUACAUUCUUACCAUCAAAUACUUUUAUUCCAUAUUUUGCUGCCUUUUUUUGUGUUUUUUGGGGGGUUUUGUUUUCGAGUUUUUAUUUCGUCCUCAGUUGGUUCAGUAACAUGCUCCACCAUUUUUUAUUUUUCUCUACUCAUGGUAUAUGAGCUGAUAGCCUAGUAGUAGAGUCGCCAAUCAGAAUGCGCUAUUGCUCAUAUUCAGUGACUGUGGAUAUAUAUAUAUAAGUGCUGGAGGGUUUAGACAGAUAUGCCCAUAUGAAAGUCAAACAAAUGGUUGGAUAAAAUUGAUUCAUUGUCUUGUU